UCUAUAUCAUGUUUCUCGUGGUGUUUGAAUGUGCCCCUCCGACUACAGUAAUUAUUUAGAGAAAUUGCUAUAAAAAGAGAUAUUUUUGCCAAUUCGAUAAACUCGACUCCCAACAUUUCUAAAUUUUUCAUUGAGUGAAAGGUAUAGGGAUUGUUCUCCAAUGGCAACCCAAAUUAACAACGAGGAAAGCUUCUCAUAUGCCCUCCAAAUCGUCACCUCUUCAGUGCUGCCCAUGUCAAUGCAUGCGGCGGUUCAGCUGGACAUCUUCGGAAUCAUGGCGAAAUGCGGGCCAGAUGCUGAGCUCUCCGCCAAGGAGAUCGCGGCACAGUUGGCUACCAACAACUCAAAGGCAGCCUCUAUGCUGGACCGAAUCCUCGUAGUGUUAGCCAGCCAUGGAAUCGUGGGCUGCUCCGUGGCGGAUGAGGAAAAGGGUAAUCCUCGUAGGCUGUACAGUUUGACGCCCGUCUCCAAAUUCUUUGUGCGGAAUGAAGAUGGGGUUUCCUUAGGCCCUUUGAUGGCAUUGAUUCAAGACAAGGUCUUCAUUGAUAGUUGGUCGCAACUGAAGGAUGCAAUUAUAGAAGGAGGAGUUCCGUUUGACAGGGUACAUGGAACAAACGCAUUUGAAUAUCCAGGCAAGGACCCAAGGUUCAAUCAAAUUUUCAAUACUGCAAUGAUCAAUCACACCGGUCUCGUUCUUAAGGAGAUCCUCCACAGCUACAAGGGUUUCCAGCAGCUUAGCAGUUUGGUUGAUGUUGGCGGUGGUCUUGGAAUCACACUCAACCUUAUCACUUCCAAAUAUCCCUCUAUUAAAGGAAUUAAUUUUGACUUACCUCAUGUUAUACAACAUGCUCCUGCCUACCCUGGUGUCCAACAUGUAGGGGGAGAUAUGUUUGAAAGUGUUCCUAAAGGAGAUGCAAUUUUUAUGAAGUGGAUUCUCCAUGAUUGGAGCGACGAUCAUUGCUUGAAGCUAUUGAAGAAUUGUUACAAUGCCAUUCCAAAAGACGGAAAAGUAAUAGUGGUGGAGGCAGUGGUUCCGGUUGUACCGGAAGCUAAUGCCUAUUUGAGAAGCAUCACACAGCUUGAUGUGCUGAUGAUGGCGCAAAAUCCUGGAGGAAAGGAACGAACCAAAUCGGAAUUUGAAGCGUUAGCUACUAAAGCCGGAUUCAGUGGCAUCAGAUAUGAGUGUUUUGCUUGUAACUACUGGAUCAUGGAGUUCUUCAAAUAAUUGGAUUUCAUAUCAUUGCUAAGCUACCAAUGCAACCGAAAAGAAUAAAAGUGGAUGCUUGUAUUUCCUUUACCUUGAAUAAUUAUAAUAACAUAAACUUUUACUUUGCUCA